GUGACUCCUCUUCAAUCUUGGAAAGUCGGUUGACGAGCGUUAUCUACCGGAAAGCGAAAAAUAGAUAAACAGUCGUGCCUAUGGAAAGGGAAAGAGACUCGCACAUUUAGUACCACGAGUAGUACGAUCGGAAGCACGUCAUAAUGAGUAUGACACACGUAGAUUAAUAUAUUCACGUCGCUCGCUCGCGUAACACGCUCGUCGUGCACGCCUCUCACGCAUCGGGAGGAAGCUUGGGCUUUCUCGUUAUCAGCAUCAGUGGCCGGUGUCGCCGGUUGCCGCGCGCACCAGUCUCACUCCGACGACGGAGAACGUGUUCGGGAACGUGUGCCGGCUGUCGAAACGAAGUUUCUCUCUCUUUCUCUCUUUCUGUCUCUGUCGCGCCAACGUGAUCGCGGUUUGCGCCAAACACGCGUGCUCCUAUAUGCUCCUCUACGUCGCAGCCCAACAACAUGACGGCCGAGCACGAGCAUAGCGACUUUCGGAUGCGAUCGCGCAGAACGAAGAGCGUAACCAGGGCGGAGGAGAUCCAGAAGGCGGAACAGAUGGUCCGCAGGUCGCAGCCUGACAAGCCAUGUCACCGUCCCAGGGAUAGCCUUUUCUCGUGGAGCUCUGGCUUUGACAACUUCACGGGAUUCGUCAACUGGGGCUUCCUCCUGCUGGGCAUCGGCGGUAUCCGAUUACUACUGGAAAAUUUCAUAAAAUAUGGAAUAAGAGUCGAUCCUAGACAAUGGUUCAUUUUUCUUAGCGGCAAAAAUGAUGGCGGCGAAGAAUAUCCCUCAUUGUUCCUGGUUACCUAUUCCAUCCUACCCGUGGUUCUUUGUCUACUGAUCGAGAAAGGACUGUCCGUAGAUAUCAUAGCUCAUGGCCCGGGAAUGGUGUUCCACGUCAUAAACCUAGUCGUGAUGGUACUGAUUCCGAUGGUGGUCAUCCACGUGAAGGAUUCCGGAUUCAGUCUGGUUGGUGCGAUGUAUGUGUGCAUGCUGUACGCCAUACUCUUUUUAAAGUUAUGGUCCUACAUACAAGUCAACAUGUGGUGCCGCUUGAGCAGCCGAAAGAAAACCACGCAAGGCAGAAUGAGACGUCAGUUGUCCUGCAAUAAUCUUCAGUGGAUGUUGGAGAACGACGUCGGUCGGGACGACGCUCGGUCGUCGACGACGUGGACGUCGAUCGGUGUCGCGGAGAACGAGCCGCGAGUAGCGCAAAAUCCUCCCUCGAUGUCGCGACGCAACCGGAGAGACUGUCGAGCUUCCAGCAUCAAACAAAGUACAAGUGAUGUCAACGACUUUGAGCAAAGAAGCGAUCACGGAAAUGCAUUGGUACAAUAUCCUGACAACUUAAACCUCGGCGAUCUUUAUUACUACAUAUUGGCGCCUACUUUGUGCUAUGAACUGAACUUUCCUAGAACGCAACGGAUUCGUAAGAGGUUCCUUAUAAAACGAAUAUUGGAAGUCGUUGUAGGAAGCCAAGUGGUGAUGUCGCUUUUCCAACAAUGGAUGAUUCCUUCCGUGAAAAAUUCAUUGAUACCCUUUAGCAAUAUGGACGUAGCCAAGGCCUCCGAGCGUCUUCUCAAGUUAGCGAUACCGAAUCAUCUAGUGUGGCUUUGUUUUUUCUACUUGACAUUUCACUCCCUUUUUAACCUGAUGGGUGAAUUGCUGCAUUUCGCGGAUCGCAAUUUUUAUUGCGAUUGGUGGAACGCAAACAACAUCGAUACCUUUUGGCGAACUUGGAACAUGCCGGUGCAUCGUUGGGCUGUGAGACACCUCUAUAUUCCAAUCGUAGAGAUGGGUUAUAGCAAAACUACGGCGUCGGUGACCGUCUUCUUCAUCAGCGCUUUCUUCCAUGAAUAUCUCGUCAGUGUACCUUUGAAAACGUUCAAGAUAUGGGCCUUCAUGGGUAUGAUGGGACAGAUACCACUGUCGGUGUUGAGCAAGAUGGCGGAGCGAUACUGCGGCGCCAGAUGGGGCAACAUCGUCGUAUGGGCGAGCCUCAUCAUCGGGCAACCACUUUGUAUAAUGAUGUAUUAUCACGAUUACGUUGUAACUCAUUUUGGCGAGACUCUAAUCGAGGACUAUUCCGUCGUAUAAGCGAGAUAAAAAAAAGUAAAAAAAAAAAUUAAAACGCGAAAGAGGGACUUUUCAAAGAGAAGCUCGCGUUUUCUUUUCGAAGUUGUCGAUUUCAUAAAUCGCGUAAUUGUUCACUUAUAUUCUAUAGGCGCGAAAAAGUUCCUCGAAUUUGCUGUUCAACAGAAAAUGUCUUUUUUUCGAACGCCGGAACGAGAUUAGUUAUUUCUUAUAGUUUUUUGGAUGCUGAAUACGAUGCGAAAUUUCCAAAUUGCUCCGUUGCGUCACAAUUUUGAGAAAUGUUUAAUUAAAGUUGUAAAAAGGGAUAUUUUCAUUAACUUUGUCAUAUUAUAACAAUGUGACGUGUGGGAGAAGUUUUAUUGCAAUCAAAAUAAAGUAAGCUGUUAGGACUUUUAACCCUCAAAAGGAAUUUUUGUGUCAGUUAUGGUUAAUAAGAUAUAUCCAUAGCUAAAUAUGAGUUGUGUUGCAAACAUUAGCUGUGACUUACAGUUAGAUCAUUGACGAAUUACUAAAUAGCUUUUAAGAAAUUUUUAGGUCAUUGAAUACGAAUUUAAUGUUAAAAUUGUCACAUUCAAAAUGGUACUCAAUAUAGCAAUAUGUCAAAAUAUAAAAAAACAAAGACUUUUUUAUAUAAAUACACCAAUUUGAAUUUGACAAUUUUGACACUGGAUUCGUAUUCAGUGACCUAAGUCACAGCUAUAAUUUCCGCAAUACAUCCCAUUUACCCAUGGAUAUUUUAUUCACCAUAACCGAUAUCAAAAAUUAUUUUUGAGGGUUGAAAGUCUUAACAAUAUAUUAUUUGCAAUAACACUUCUCUAGCAUGUCACAUAUUGUAGCUAUAAUAUAAAUAAGUUCGUGAAAAAAACUUUUUUUUGCAACUUGAAUUAA